AUCAAAUCAAAACAAAGCUGUAAACACGUGUUUUUUCCUAGAUUUCACGUAUAUAAUUGUUUUCCGGGCGUUUUUAAGCCAAGAUCAAUGGCUUUAGCAAGUGAACAGUUCCGGGAGAUUGUAGAGAAUAUCUUUAAUCGCUGGACUGCCUUAAAAUUGGCAGUUGAACAUGGAAUGGGUGGAAGAACUGGUCAUCAGAAAGCCAUUGAGUUGAUGAAUCAUACCUUUGACUACUGCAUUCAGCCUAAUACACCAGCUCCUGAGGAUUUACAAGAUGCUCUGGAUGACUACCUUGAUCAGGAAUUCCAGACGAUUUGCGAUGACAAUUCCUCACAGGAAAUCAGCUUUUGCCUCAUAAAGUACCUCAAUAUGUUCAGAGCUGGACAUCUAGCUGAGAUCUCUAAUGAACUGGCUCAGCUGCCUCCUGUGACAAAGUGGCUGAAUCCUGCCCACAAAAUCACCUACGUAGCAGUUCCGGAUGAUUCAUCAUCGGAAUCCGAGGAGGAAAUUCCUCAACAAAUUGGUGCUUUCACUGUAACAGAUCUUCCGCAAGGAUUUGAGCCUAGUUCUAGCGGGGGCACGAUGACAAUGGAGGAGGAAGAUCUAGAUCCUGGAUGGACGAAAGUAACGUCGAAAUCCAGGAGAAAACACUAAAAUUCUUUUUUUUCUAUUGAAAGUCUGUAAUUUAUAAUUUUGAGAAUAAAUGCUGGUCAGAUUAAU